GACAAAAACAUAUUUUUGAUAUUCAUAGAUGGAUGAGAUGAUAAAGAUUCCCCAUGGAAGUAGUACAUAAACACACAUACCAGUGCAUGUCCCUGUGUGAAAGCACGUUUGGUUAAGAGCCAUGGUGAAGGAAUUCAACACCCAAACAGAGCUUAGUGUGAGAAUGGAAGCCCUUUGGGCAGUGCUAUCUAAGGAUUUCAUAACAGUGGUUCCAAAGGUACUUCCUCAUAUUGUCAAAGAUGUGCAAGUGAUUGAAGGUGAUGGAGGGGUUGGAACAAUCCUCAUCUUUAACUUUUUGACUGAUGUGUCACCAAGUUACCAGAGGGAGGAGAUCACAGAGUUGGAUGAGAGUUCACAUGAAAUAGGUCUGCAAGUGAUUGAAGGAGGUUAUCUAAGUCUAGGGUUGUCGUAUUACAAGACAACUUUUAAACUAUCUGCGAUGGAAGAGUAUAAGACUUUGGUCAACAUCAAAAUCUCUUACGACCAUGAAUCCGACAUAGAAGAAAAGGUCACACCUACGAAGACAUCACACUCCACUUUAUUCUAUCUUAGACGUCUAGAAAGAUACCUGAUGGAUGGCUCUGCUUGAAGAAAAACAUUACUUGAAAUAUUAUAUAGAAAAAUAGUUAAAGUAAUGUGUUGCUGUUUUUAAUGUUGUAAUGGUCUCUAUAAUAUAAUUUGAUAACUAUUUCGUACCAA